AAUCCUCUGUGUAAAAGACAAGUGAAAUAAGACCAGAGAUUGGUAUUAUUCACAAAAUAAUCAUCAAUGUCUGUCGAAAGCUGGGUGGACAAACUAAAUGGAAGGUGGACACCGUUGUUAUUUCUGAUAUUGGGCAUAGUGGCAUUUCUUAUUCCACUGUUUUUUAGUCCAAUUGAAUGCAAGUUUCCAUCGAAAUUUGCUCCACAUGAUGUUGCAUACGGAAAAUCCCGUUGUUAUGGAGCCAAAAAUACGAUGAUGUAUUCUAAAAAUGAAUGGGACCUAGUUCCUCAUCCAUUUGUUUUUGCAGAUGAGCAGCCAUCAGGCAUUGGAGAAAGAACUUUGUACCAAUACAUAUCAAUUAUUCUGAUUUUACAGGCUAUUUUCCUUCGAAUUCCAUUUAUUUUAUGGAAACUGGGAGUGGAGAAAUUGGGCAUCCAUUUCCUUGUCGGCACAGACAACCUUAACGACAACAGCAAAUCUACAGGCAGGAGACUCGCAGUCUAUCUGGAACAAUGGAUUGAAAAUCGGAAUGUCAACAUCCUGUCGCUAGGAGCACUGACAAUCUUUCAUUGCUUUAUCAAACUGUUGUAUUUUUUGAGUACCUCUAUACACUUAGGUUUGUUGGAUCCUUUCCUGAAACAGGAAAAUGAAACGAGCUUUGGUUCUCAAAUCCUGAAAAACAUAAGAGAAAAUAACAUGUCCUUUUACCAAUCUUCUCCAGCUUUCCCCUUGCAGGUCAUAUGUGAUUAUUCCUACAGGCUCGGUACCUAUCAUGAGAGAUAUACAGUGUAUUGUACCUUGCCGCUCAACCCAUAUCUAGAGCAGAUGAUGGCGGUGGUGUGGUGGUGGUUAAUCUUUUCUAUAGCCGCCACAGUAGCCGAUGGUUUGCUCUACCUUUUUGGUGCUGUUCUCCCAUUUUUCAGGGUCAGAUUUGUAAAAUCGAAUAUCUUAAAAACUGAUCUUGGAAAUUUAAAAGAAGCUCUGACAGACCGAAAUAUUCAGCGAUUUGCCAACGACACCUUAGGAGAAGACGUAAUUUCUUUUCUAAAACAAGUACAAGACAAAGAAAACGGAUGUGUUGUCAUGGAAACUGUUACUGAACUAUGGAAGAUCUACCAUGGCAACAUGCAGCCAACACCAAAUAUACUACCGUAUCCAGCACAACAAUCAUCUCCAGGAUCACAUCCUCAAGCAUUGUCCGUGGAAAACCAGCAAGAAUACGCUCAAAGAAGAAAAGAGGCGAAUGAAUUUCAUGGUCAGCAGUCAUCGGUACCUUUAUUAUACCCAUCCUAUACAGCCCAUUCGUAAUUUGCAUCGAAUACCAAGCAACCAAGCAUGAUCUACACUAUAGUUUUGGCAUUGACCUGUCUAUUGAGGAACUUUUGGAAACUUUACCUAGAGGAAUUUUAUAUGCACAUCUGGGGCUCGUUUCUCAAAAAGGCCUACGACCGGGCGUAAGCUUAGUCCGGACUAAGUCAGUGACUAAACCCAAAAAUCAG